CACUGGUCGCGCAGGCGAUAAUGGCCUAAAGCGUGAAAUGUUUAAUUCGUUGUUGUUUCUCCUCCGCAAUAGUUACUAAUAGAAACAAAUGCAAAAUGGCUGUCUAACGUUUAAGUGCAGCGACCGCCGAAGAUCGUGGAAAUCUGCAUGAAAAGCGGCUCGCAGGCAAAUGAAAGGCGCGUGAAAAUGUAGCAGACACCUCUUUAUCGCGAAAACGAAUAUCGGUGCAAAGGGAAAAACAAAAACCAAGGAAAAUACAGCCAAAUGCGAAUGUGAAUGUGAAGGCAAAUUUGGAUUGAAGCGGUGCAGCCGACAUAAGAACGCGAUAAACCCAGCGCAGGUCGACCGAUAAGCGAAGAAGCCAGCCGACUGGCGACUACACGUGUAAUCUGAAACUAUAUCUGCGAUAUAGAUAGAAGUCGCAUCCGGAGGAACCGGAGCGAGCAUGUCGCACGGUGGAGCCGGUGGCGGUCUGGGAGCUCAAACUGUUGGAGCCGGCCAACUUGGAGGCGGUGCAGCGGCAGCUGGCGGUGGAGAAUACCGCGAACUCCACUGGACGGUCUCAAGCGUAAUGGACUCGUCUCGGGUCUCCACCUGCCUCAUAUCGAUGCUGCUGAUAGUCUACGGCAGCUUUCGCUCCUUAAACAUCGAGCAGGAGGCCCGCGAGCGGGAGCAGAAGAAGCGAAAUGAAUCGAUGACCAAUCUCCUCACCGGCGAGCCCGUCGAGAAGGAACCAAAUCUGUAUUUCACAGCGGAUAAAUUCGCCACUCUGGACACGAUGCAUGCCCUAUGUUUGCCCCUCGGAGCUUCCAUCUCACUGCUCAUCAUGUUCUUCUUUUUCGACUCGAUGCAGCUGCUCUUCGCCGUCUGCACAGCGAUUAUAGCCACCGUGGCGCUGGCCUUUCUGCUGCUGCCCAUGUGUCAGUACAUCAUCAGGCCAUGCACGGAUGGAAAACGAUUCUCCUUUGGAUUCUGCGGUCGCUUCACAGCCGCGGAGCUCUUCAGCUUUACGCUUUCGGUGUCGAUUGUGUGCAUAUGGGUGCUCACUGGCCACUGGCUGCUAAUGGAUGCAAUGGGCAUGGGCCUGUGUGUGGCAUUCAUUGCGUUUGUGCGUCUGCCCAGUCUAAAGGUGUCCACGCUGCUGUUGACCGGCCUGCUCAUCUACGACGUCUUCUGGGUAUUCCUCUCCUCGUACAUCUUCAGCACCAACGUGAUGGUCAAGGUGGCCACGCGACCCGCCGAUAAUCCCGUGGGCAUCGUGGCCAGAAAGUUGCAUCUGGGCGGCAUUGUGCGGGACACACCAAAGCUGAAUCUGCCCGGAAAGCUUGUUUUUCCCAGCCUCCACAACACGGGCCACUUCUCCAUGCUGGGCCUGGGUGAUGUGGUGAUGCCGGGCCUGUUGCUCUGCUUCGUCUUGCGUUACGAUGCGUACAAAAAGGCGCAGGGCGUCACAUCGGAUCCCACAUUGUCACCGCCCAGAGGAGUUGGCUCCCGGUUGACAUAUUUUCAUUGUUCCUUAUUGGGUUAUUUCUUGGGCCUGCUAACGGCGACGGUCAGCUCCGAGGUCUUUAAGGCGGCCCAGCCGGCGCUGCUGUAUCUAGUGCCCUUUACGUUAUUGCCGCUCUUGCUGAUGGCCUAUCUGAAGGGCGACCUGCGGCGCAUGUGGAGCGAGCCGUUUAUCGCGCAACAACCAUCAAAACAACUGGAAGUCUGAGUGUACUCUAUCUAAAAGCAAAGAAAAACAAAAAACAAGCAACAAACAAUGUGAAGAACACACACACAUAAGAUCUAAUACUAAAGUUUGUCUCUUAAAUAACGUAUUGAGUAUGUAUUUUUUAACUCAACUUAACUAAGUUUCGUUUUAAGUUAGGUGAUCCUCGUUUUCAUAGUGAAAUAAAAGCAAAAACCGAGUAAUUAUAGUUUUUAGCCUAAGCGGAAAGGUUUUAUAUAUUCACAUAUAUAUAUACUUCAUACGAGAGUUCAUUCAAAUUGGCUUUAAUGUCUCCAAUCAUGCAGAUAACUAGCGAGUAGAACAAAGAUCAAGCGAAAUAUUAGUUACAGUUCAUAGGCAUUACUAAUAACUCUGUAAAACAUAGCUAAAAGACUAGCAAGAAGACAGUUUGAGAUUCGAAUUUCAAUCAUACAUCAUCCACUCGAAAUCUGUUCCGGGCAGUACGUUCUGUAAAUACUUAAGUUAUGUGUAAUAAUAACAAACCACCAUGCAACAAAUAAUAGUUAGUAAGCUCGCCUUCAUACACAUUUAAUCGCUAUCCGUUUCCGUUUCACACGCCCAUUUCCGUCCUUCGAUUUUCUCGUUUUGUCACCCAAUGUUUUUCCCACACAUCUUCACAAUCAUAAUGAUGUUUUGCCAAAAUGCAUGUGUUCGUUGCAAACAAUAAAUCAAUUAAUAAUGCUAGACAACAACUGUUGCACUGUGUGUGUUUCACAAAAUUAAGUUUCAAGAAUUUUAAUUAUUUACUUUAACGCAGCUAACAAUAAAUAAAUACUGUAUGCAUAUGGAAACGAUAGUUACAUAUUAAUUUUAAGUAAAUGCAAUUUCGAAACGUAUAGAAACAAUAAAAAUGUGAGAUUUAAAACAAA